AUGGAUAGUCGCGACACAUGGCACCUCCGCAAGCCACGUUCGCGGGAGGUGCUUUUUCCCCUGACGAACUCGGUUCCAACUCCUCGACCAAAGGUCUUUGGGGCUCGGGGGGCUAGUGUACUGACCGUACCUCCCCCAUCUUGGAGCACUAGCGUAUCAGCAAAGGAGGCUCACCGAUCUUACUGGACGGAUUACCUCUACGACCAGAAUCCGAUUCUGAAAUGGCAAAAAACUGGUGUAUCGAAUAUGGCCGGAGAGAUAUCUUUGCUUUUCGGUUUUCUCCUAUGGAUUGCAACCAUUCCCCCAAUUAGACGAAAAUUCUUUGAGCUCUUCUAUUACACUCGUCACUUCUACAUCCUUUUCAUAAUCUUUUUCAUCUUUCAUGUUGGCAUUUCCUAUACCUGCAUUAUGCUCCCUGGUUUCUACCUCUUCUUGGUUGAUCGUUGCUUAAGGUUUUUGCAAUCAAGACGCCAAGUUCGUUUGGUUUCUGCACGGGUUUUGCCAUGUGAAGCUGUAGAACUCAACUUCUCCAAGAGUCAUGGAUUAACUUACAACCCCACAAGUGUGAUGUUCAUAAAUGUACCAAACAUAUCCAAGCUGCAGUGGCAUCCAUUUACUGUUACUUCUAAUAGUAAUUUGGAGCGAGACAAGCUAAGUGUUGUUAUUAAAAGUGGAGGAACUUGGACCAAAAAGCUCUAUCAACUACUUUCAACUCCUUCCUCAAUAGAUCGCCUUGUUGUAUCUGUUGAAGGUCCUUAUGGACCCAUUUCAACUGAUUAUAUACGGCAUGACACUCUUGUGAUGGUGAGUGGAGGAAGUGGCAUCACACCUUUUAUAUCCAUCACUCGGGAGCUAAUACAUCUGAAGACUGCUCUCAAAUGGAAAAUCCCAAAAGUUGUCCUAAUUUGUGCCUUCAAGAAUUCUUCAUCUUUAUCAAUGUUAGAUUUGAUCUUUCCAAUAUCUGGCACCCCAUCUGACAUUUCUGAUAUGAAAUUACAAAUUGAGGCUUAUCUCACAAGAGACAAAGAGCUUAAAGCAGAUGGCCCAAUUCACCCUAAAACCAUAUGGUUAAAGCCAAAUUCAUCCGAUGCACCAAUACAUGCUACAUUAGGUCCAAACAGUUGGCUCUGGCUUGCUGCUAUAAUCUCAUCCUCUUUCAUCAUUUUCAUUAUCUUAAUAGGGAUCAUUACUUGUUACUACAUUUUUCCGAUUGAUCAUAACUCUAAUAAAAUAUUCUCUUUCACUUUGAAUGCAUUUCUUAACAUGCUAGUAAUAUGUGUGUCCAUAGCAAGUGUUGCUAGUGCAGCUUUUCUUUGGAACAAGAAAUAUAAUGCUAAAGAAGUAAAGCAGAUUCAAAACAUGGAAGGCUCAACACCAACAGUGUCACCAAACUCCAUGGUAUACAAUGCAGAGAAAGAAUUGGAAAGCCUUCCAUACCAAUCCCUUAUUCAUGCUACCAAUGUGCAUUAUGGUGAAAGACCUGACCUAAGAAGAAUGCUAUUUGAACACAGAGAGUUAAGUGUGGGAGUUCUUGCUUCUGGACCCAAAAUAAUGAGACAGGAGGUUGCAACCAUUUGCUCAUCUGGGUUAGCUGAAAAUCUACAUUUUGAAUCCAUUAGCUUUAGCUGGUGA